ACAAGGCCUGAAAUUUUGAGGGAGGAGGAGGCCAGCUGAUUUCAUCGACCCCAGUGCUUCACUGGUAUUUGUUUCAUCGACGCCGAAAGGGGGGAAGGCAAAUUCGAUCUUGGGGAAUGUAAACUCAGCACGUAACGUCCGAAGAGAUAAACACCCGUCCACUGAUGAACUCUACCAAAGCACAUAAAUGGCUUGCAACUAGGGCGAUUUGUAGUAAACAGGAAUCACAGUCAAGAAUAUGUCCAAGAAAUUACUGGCGACACACAAUUCUACAAUAGUGUUAAAUAGUUCAGUGGAGCGGCCGACGUAUCAUGUAAUGAUAAAAGAAGCCAUUUCGUUUUUAAAUGAACGUAAAGGGUCAUCUCGCCAGGCUAUUAGCAAAUAUAUUGAAUCGACGUAUUAUUUAUCGUCAGUCGAUAAAAGUGUACAAAGUCGUCUAAAGAUGAGCUUAGUUCGAGGUGUUGACAAAGGUUAUUUCCAUCAAACAAGUGGCAAGGGCGCUAACGGUUCGUUCAAACUUACUAAAGAGGAGCCAAAGAGAAAAGCGGAAACUAAACCCAAGAAAGAAGUAACUGCUAAGGAAAGUAAACCGAAAAAUGUUACAACAAAGAAAAUCAAAAAGUCUCCUGAGAAACCCGAAGUGUCUCCCGUGAAAUCUAAGGAGAAACCCUUACCAAAACUCAAAAUCAAGUCUGUGCCCCUAAAGAAAUCGGGUAGCGACGUUUCCACCCCGAAGAGUAUUAAAAAAAUGGCAAGGUUGAAAGGUAAGCUUUCCAAUAGUGGGAAGACUAUAAAACCAACAUUGUUACAGUUAACUCCUCACAAAAAACGAGAUAAGCGUUUAACUAAAAUCUUAACUCCUAAAAAAGUGGUCAUUAAUCCAAGACCGAAAAAGUAUAUUGGAAAUCGUUAAGUUUGCAAAGCACCCCCCUACAACAAAAACUCAUUUGAAAAAUUUUAUCUGAAUAUGACCGUUUCUGAGGAUAUAUAUUUAUAUAUGUGAAAUAUAUUGUGCGCUUGUAUUAAAAUCAAAUUUCAUGAAAUAAUGUUUAUCUUAACAUUUGAAAAAAAUAGUUGUUUCGAAACUUUGUUGCUGUGUUCAUUUUAAAAACUUUUUCAAUGUAGAUUGGUUUUUGGAAAACCAUUUCAACAUUCUCGAACUUAUUACUUCAGGAACCAAUUUUAAACGUCAAAACUAAACCGAAUUUUAAGAA